UCAUUUUAUAUGUGAGAAGGACAAUUGGAUAUUUGAGACUCAGUUCUUUUUAGCCAGAUGAGGUAAAUCAUGUCUUCACAAAAGAAGCAGUAUAGAUAGUAUUGGAGCCUUUUCAGUCAAAAACAAAUACAUUAUUUGUCAAGAAAUUGCUGAUGCUUAUUCUUCUCAUUGCCAUGGUCACUCAGCAGUAUCUAGUUUGUCAUAAAUUUAUUCCUACUAAACUCAUUUCAUUCCAAGUUCCUCGAGGAUAAAUCAUUCUACUGCAAACUGGAUCCGAGUAAUGUCUUCAAACUCGUCCGAGAUAUAUAUUCAGUAACAUUUUUAUCAAUAAAACCAACAUCACUUUAUUUCAGAUUGCAACCUAACCUUGUUUGAGAUGAAUCAUCGAAUCCCAUGGUAUACUUAAGGUCCUUGUUGAAGACAUUUUCUUUUUAGAAUAGAGUCGAAUAAAAUAGAUGUUGUUAUGUCUGGAAAUUGUGAUGUUAGCUUACCAGUUCCCCAGAGUCACCCAAUGCUUUUUUUCACAUUGCGAGUCCAUCUGAGGUCAGACAUCUCAGUGCAUGCUUAAGAAGAAUGGUUUCACUGGUAGGUAUUUACUAUCAAAGUCAUUUUUGGAUCAGUUUGGUGCAAACCAGCCUCUGCCCCAGCUCUGAAGGGAACUUGGUAUUCUCAAUUUGAGCUUGUUUUUAGUGAUUCAGGUACACAGAAGGCUUUGGCAGUGUCUCUGGAAAAAGAAUGGGUGGACUUUUGUGGGCACUUUCCACCAGGCAAUGUCUUUCUGUUCUGUGUGUACAAAGCAAGUCCUACUCCAUGCCUCAGGCUUCCAGGCACUAUCAGUGUACAAAUAAAUCCUACUAAUAAUAUUCCCCUUUGCAGUCAAGACCUGUGAGUCAGAUUCAGUCUGGCCACAAGAAAUCCCAGUGAUACCUGAGUCAGAGUAAGUGCGAAAGAAGAAAACACCUACGGAGGUUUCAGCAGUAGAUCCUGCCUCAGGGCGCGGAGCAGAAAGUCUUUGGUGCAGCACUGUGGAGAGAAACUGAGCUGGAUGGGAAAUUUAUGCAGAACAAGCUGGGCGCACAGCUCCCCUUGCUGUGGCACACGUGCGGAUCUCACUAGGACCCCGGGAAGUGGGUUCAGCCUGAGCAACAGAUCUGCAGCCAAACCCAGGCCAACAGGGACAGUCUCUGAUGGGCAGCCAGCCCCCGUCCUGCAACUUCUCCAGUGGAAAUUAUCUCUGUGAUGAAAACGGGAUGCAGAAGGCAGUAAUCAUUAUCCCCUCCCUGCUCGCCUUCUCCACGUUACUGGUGGUGGGGAUGAUCCUCUGGAGGAUUUGCUGGAGGAAGAAGGACACGGAGGUUGAACCCAUCAUUCUUCUGGAAGAUGAGCAGGAUGAGUAUGACGCCUUGCCUGCAGCAGAGAAAAUUCUGCAACGAAAGGACCCGCUCUUAGUGGCGUGGGAGCUGCCUCAGGACAGGCACAUCCAGCAGGAGCAGUUCUUGUGCGCUGGGCGCUAUGGGCAGAUUUCCCAGGCCACCAUCAUUCAAAGAGGCUCUUCAGAGACUGUCCAGGCUGUGAUCCUGAGGAAACUGCCAGCCACUGCCAGCCCCAAAGAAGUGAGAGAUUUCCUAGACGUGAUGAAGUUUCAUAUCCAGAUCUGUAACCACGACAGCCUGGUGAAGGUGCUGUGGUGUCAGAGCCAAGCUCUGCCCCUCUGCUUUGUGCUGGAGGCCAUGAGCCUAGGAAACUUACUGCCUUUCCUAUGGAAAGCCCGCCAGGGGGACUUGUCCAUUGCUGAGCGUACUUAUCACCUGACGGAGAAGAGGGUCUAUGCUAUGGCCAUCCAGAUAGCACGUGGGCUGGAGUACUUGACAGUGAGCCAAAGGCUGAUCCAUGGCAAUGUGGCAGCUUGCAACAUCCUAAUCCACCAGGAUCUGACUGUUCGGCUCUGCGGCCUGGGGCUGGCCGCCAAGGUCUACUGCAGGGGCACGUUGCCACUCAGGAGUGCAGCAGAGGUGCCUAUAAAGUGGCUACCACCAGAAAGGAUCCUGAACCAGCCCAUCACAGCAAGGAGUGAUGUGUGGUCGUUUGGGAUUCUGCUGUAUGAAAUGAUCACGUUAGGUGCCCCUCCGUACCCAACCCUGCGGCCUGCAGACGUUCUGGCCGCCCUGCAGCGAGAGCAGCGCAUGAAGAGACCGGAGCAGUGCAGCACCAGGCUGUACGGGGUCAUGAGGAGCUGCUGGCGGUGGAAACCUUCGCACAGGCCCGCCUUCCCCGAGCUGCUCCAACAGCUGCACUCGCACCGAGGAGAGCUGGUAGCUGAGUAG